AUGGCAGAAGCAAAAAUAUCUAUAUUGCCGCUUUUGAGAGCGCUGUCAGAGUCUCCAGACGCUAUAGCUCCAGAAGAUAUCACAAAGGCUAUCACACAUAGCUUCAAUGAUCACCUCUCGCCAGUUCAAACGGGGACGCUAUUGACGACAUUGCAUUUUACAAAGUUGGAUCAGAAGCCAGAGAUUAUUGCUGCUGCUGCGAGGGCCAUGAGGGCUGCUGGGUUAACGGUCGACGGGCUGCAGGCAGACACCUGGGGAGAUGAGACUUCUGGCGGGAAAUACGGGGGUGGUUUGGUGAGCCCUGCUUCUGAAUUAGGGGCCAGGAGUGUGGCUGAUAAUGGACAGGUCGAUAUAGUUGGCACAGGGGGCGAUGGUCAUGAUACCUUCAACGUAUCCACAACUUCCGCGAUAUUGGCCUCUGGAUGCGGAUUAAGAAUAUGUACAUGCUGCCUCCAUCUUGUAACGCAUUAUCGCGAAGUAACGAUCCCAACGUUUCACAGGCAAGCACGGGAACAAAGCCUCCACGUCCGCAUCGGGUAGUGCAGAUAUUCUCACAUCUUUAGGUGCAAAUCUUAUGGCCAUAACGCCACCCAUUGUCACAUCCAUCUUCAAUGAACCUUCAAAGGGAAACUUCUGCUUUCUCUACGCCCCGGUUUUCCAUCCGGCUGUGCGCCAUGUGGCUCCUAUUCGCCGCGAGUUGGGACACCGGACCAUCUUUAAUCUUCUUGGACCUCUGGCUAAUCCAAUCGACUACUCGGUCUCGGGAGGCCUGGAAGCGAGAAUCAUUGGCGUCGGUAGGCGGGAACUUGGCCAAGUCUUUGCCGAAACAUUGAAGAUCCUAGGCGCUAGUAAGGGAAUGGUAGUAUGCGGGGAAGAGGGUCUCGAUGAAGUCUCGUGCGAAUGCAGGACCGAGUGCUGGAGGCUGCUGGAGGACCCCGAGACGAGGGAAGUCACGGUGGACCACUUUUUUGUUCACCCCACAGAGACCUUUGGGAUUCCUACGCACUCCCUUUCUAGGGUUGCCGGAGGCAAAGGUCCUGAUGAGAAUGCCGCCAUCUUGGAGAGACUGCUCAACGGAAAAGAGCGAGACGACGAGAAGGCUGUGAAGGACUUUGUGCUGGCGAACACAGCAGCCCUCAUUGCUAUCUCUGGGCUCCUAGGCCCGGUCGAGCGAGUGUCCGAGGGGGCAGUGGCAAGGGGUGCGGUCUGGAGGAGCGCAGUGGAGAAGGCAAAUGAAGGAAUCACAAGUGGGAGAGCCUGGGAGGAGUGGUCAAAAUUUGUGGAGAAAAGCCGACAGGCGGAGGGUGGUUAG